AUGUCAACGCCAAAGCGCACCACCACCACCACCACCAAGCUCCCGUCUCCGACGGAGUCACCGUCGAAACCGUCGACCAGCGGAAAAUUCCGGCGACUGUUCACCGAAUCCGACGAGACGCGGCUCCUGAAAUCGUUCCUAAAGCUGUCGAAACACUCGUCUCCUUCUUCGGCCAUCACAUCCCCAAACCUGGAACGAAUCCGAACCCGUCUGGGUCACAAAUUCAGCCACAGCCAGAUCAUCGACAAGCUCCGCCGUCUGCGCAUAAAGUACCACCGCGAAGCAAGGACCAAGUCCCUCAUCAAGACCCCUCACGAUAAGAAACUCCACAAGAUCGCUCGCAAGAUCUGGGGCAAGAAACCCCAGUCUCCCAAAAGAGAAGACCAUGCAGAGGAAGAGAAAAUUGAAAUGGAAAUGGGUUGUGGAGGUUUGUUGGAGAACGAAGAAUUGUCAAAGGGAAAAUGGUGGGAGUGUUUGGAUGAAGAGAAAGUGAGGGAGUUGCAGAAGAGGUGGGUGAGGCUGAGAAUGGAAGAAGCAGAGGUAAUGAUUGAGAAAGCUGAGUUGAUUAAGGAGCACAUGAAGUUGAUAAGUCAAGCUUUAGGAUUUUCUUCUUCUUCUUCUUCUCCAACUUCUACUCCAUGA